GGAUCAAAAGGACUGGGGAGAGCGGCAACGCCUUCUUAUGACACUCACGGUGCCACGAAGGUGUUGAUCUUUGAGUGUUGAGGAGUGAGGAUUUGCUUCCGAGAGGCCUCAAGACAUCGGGUUCGUCGAGCAGGAGAAGUACCAGCAACCAUUCCUGACUGAUCAGUCGCAGCCACUUAUCCCACCGCCUUUGUUCGCAUCUUAUCGUCUCCACCUCAGAAGCGGCAGCAGCUCUAUCGCCUGUGGCUGACACGAUGGCUCACAGAAAAGACCCUAUCAAACAGAUGCCAUCUGACAGCUCGACGCUGCCCUCGACGCUGCCCUCGACGCUGCCCUCGACGCUGCCCUCGACGCUGCCCUCGCCACUCGACGACACUCAAGAAGGCAAGAAUCAGGUCGGUGGCUGUCGCGCCGGGCUGAUUGGCAUGGUGAAGGGCAUGGAUCCGCGGAGUUUGAUGGGCUAUCUGAGGCGCGUGGUGGACAGCUUCGGUCUCCACUUCACCCUGUAUAUGGUGUCCACGUACUUCUUCGUCAAGGGUAAGAAACACAAGAGGCGGAGAGAGAUAUGCGUAUGCAUGUGCCUGUCGGCUGGUGGUGUUUCGCUGCGCUGUGUUGCAGGCGCGAUGUAUCAGUAUUUCUACGUGGUACAGUUGCCUUACUUUAAGCAGCUGGGGCUGGACGCGCUUGCUUAUCAGGCCAACUAUACAGUGUCGUUCGCUCCCUGGGCGAUGAAGGGUACGCAAACACCACACGCACACGACCUCCAUGAAGGGGAGGCUUUCAUCAGUGUGCUGUGCUGUGCUGGGCAUCCAUCGUUUGUGCAGGGCUGAUCGGAGGUGAGAGGGUUAGGUAACUGAGGCAGUGAUGGUACACUCAUUCUGAUGCCUGUAUUGCAGCGUUGAGUGACUCCUUUCCACUGUUCGGAUAUCACAAGAGGUAAAAGCUGAGGAACAACGCAACACACGCCUGCCAUUGAGCAUUGAGCAUUUUUCGUUCGUCAUUUCUGUGCAUCAGGCACUACAUCACCAUCACGACGCUCUUCGGAACAGCCGCAUGCGUCGCGCUGGCCCUGCUGCCUCUAGAAAGUAGGCCUGUGUGUGUGUGUGCGUGUUUGUCUACUCUACUGGCAUCAGCGAAUACCGCUGUGUUUCCUUUCAGCUGCUCGCCUCAUGCCGCCCGUCAUCGCCUUGUUGUUCUUCUUCGCGCACCUGCAAAUGUCAUCGACAGACCUGCUGGUCGAAGGUGAGCCCCCCUCGUUGCCUCCCAUGCAUUUGUCUGCACCUAUGUGCGCUGUGUGUCACCAUAGGCAAGUAUGCAGAGCUUAUGGUUAAAAAGCCCGAGACCAAGGGCGAUGCGGUAACGUUCGUGUGGUCGGUGAUCACGCUCGGGAUGCUCGUGGCGUCAGCGACCGUGGGCAUCGUGUCUGAGCGCCUGUCGGCUCGCUUCGUCUUUUGGAUUUGCGCCCCAAUGGCCUUCCAGCUCAUCGUUCCGACUCUCAUGGGCUACCUGCCAGAAGAGCGGGUUCCCAAGGAGGACAACAAUCGCUUCAAAUGUGAAAAGAUCAGGUUUGUGCACCACCGCACUGGCUGACUGACGCCUGACUGUACAUAUGACAUGAAUGUGCAUGUGGGUGUCCACAGGCAUCAGUGGAAGUUCUUCUCGCUGGCGUGCGUCAUGGCUGCGUGCGCCCUGGGGGUGGCCUUUGUGUCGGUGUUCACCUCGCCGACGGUGCAGCUGGUGUAUGCCCUCGGCAUCUCGACCGUGCUGGUGUCUGCGUCCUUCUACCUGCUGCCCAGGGUGCUGGCGUCGUGCAAUGUGUAUAUGUUCCUCUCCACCGCUCUCUAUAUUCAAGUCACUGGGGCCGUUGACUACUUCUACACCGCCGAAGCCGACUGCCUGCCUGGUGGACCCGGCUUUGACAUGGUCUUCUACACCACCUGGUCCAAUGUCGGUAGGUCAACGCACCAUCACACCGGUAGAUGGCAUCGACAGAGAACACUCCGUGCGUUGUGUUGUCUUUUGUGUGACGUGCAGCUGGUGUUGUGUGCCAGGGGAUCGGUGUGUGGUUCUUCCAGGUGGUCAUGAUCAACUGGACGUUCAGACAGAUGUUCUGGUAAGCAAUGCAAAAAACACACGAAGCUGGCCUGACUGCAAGACACGUGUGCAUGUCCGGAUGCAGGAUCACCACGGCCAUCAAGUGCGUGGCGGCCUUAGUGGACAUCGUGAUAGCCGAGCGGUGGAACAUCAUGAUCGGCUUGCCUGACAUGGCGACAUACCUCAUCGGAUCCGCCAUCAUAUUUAGGAUUACAGAGAUGAUGGACUUUAGUACGCCAACACAACAAGGGGGAGGGAUGGGAACACUCAGCACCAAUCAUGGUUCUGUCUGUGUGUCUGACCGAUAGUGCCGUCUGUGAUUCUCAUCUCCAAGCUGUGCCCGCCACGCAUGUACGCCACAGACAGCAUCACGUCGAUGAUACGCACGCACACAGACAGACAGACAGACAGUGUCUGGACUCUCUCUGCUUUGUGUGUCCUUCGUGAAGGGAGGCAACGGCCUAUGCGAUUCUUGCGGGCUUCGCCAACAUGGGUCAGGCCGUGAGUCGUGGCGUGGGCGCCUUCAUGAUCAAGGGAUUCGGCGUCCAGACGGAGGGCGAGUGCAACUUCGAGGGCUACUCGAUGAUGCUGCUGGUGUGCCAGUUCCUCCUCCCUCUGCUCUCAAUUCCCUUCACUUGGCUUCUCCUCCCCAAUGCCAAGGCAGAUCAGAGCCUGCUGAACGGUACGCUCGUUCCUGCCUGCUUGAUCCGUGCGAUAAUACUCUCUCUCUCUAUGUGUGUGUGUGUGUGUGUGUGUUGUGCAGCCGAUCAGCUGAGGGAGACUGAGGCUGCAAUGGGCAUCGCCGAUUCGGAGGACUCCACUGGCACCGGCUCACCAGACAUUGAGAAGCGGCAGACCCAGCCAGCUGCCGACGAUGACAGCAGUGCGGCGCCGCCCUAUCUCUGAUCGAUCGACUGACUGCUCUGCCGCAGCCGUCCAAUCGAACCAGGUGGCCGCAGGGCAACUUGUUGUGUAUAGGAUGCGGAGGAAGAGGGCCUUUUGUGGUCGAUUCAGUUAAUUGUGACACUGAUUCGUGUCUGUUAUGUGAUCGGUGGUGUUUCUCUCUCUGCUUCGAUGACUGUUAAGACGAAAGUGAUGGCCGGUGCUUCUCUGCCCCCAAUGAUGUGCAUGAAUGCACCGGCCAUCAAUGCAGUAUGAACUGCCAUCCACGGUAGAGAGAGGUGCCUGUCGGUGGUCUUUCUGCGGACAUGUGCAUCCUUUUUUCGUCACGCAUAGAUUGUGCGUGGUGCAUGUCUGUCUCCAUCGAGUCAAUAUAUUAUGUGUCCUUGUCAGAAUGGAGCGUUUUUGUGUGUGUGAUCCAAGGGAGGCCUCUGCUGUGCGGCCGAUCUGGCUCUGUGCCUGCCUCCCUGUCGGUCUGUUGCACACCCUUGCGGCUUUUGAGGGGGGCGGACGCUGUCGAUUGCGACCGUGUAGAUGAGUCUUGUGCAUCCGGAUAGAGAGCGGUUGAGGGUGGGAUGUGAAUUUACGUUGGACAGGCCGUGGUUUGCGAUGGUCAUCACACAAUGGACGCCGGAGGGGUGAGUUCCUCAUUUAUACAUAGCUCUGUGAGUCAGUCUAGAGACACAAAUGCGAUGCACAUGAGGUUCACAGA